UCGGUCUACUGUGUUGGUCUUUCUGCGAGCUCCGCCCCCUUUACCAUGGAAACCUCCUCGUAGUGUUGUGAUCAUGGUUGUGAUGUGUGUUGUUUUUUCCUGCAGCCAACCUUAAAGGCAAAAAGACACUACUGAGGAUGUUUGAGAACAUGUCACUACACAGCAGGGUUACAUUUCCUCCCAUAACACCUUCACAUAAAAACAGUCCACAAAGUGACCGUGUCCAGUCUGAGGAGGAGGAACAAGAGAAGAAAGGUGCUGGACCUGCUUCUGUCCAACGUGCUGCCAGAAAGAUCUGGGCCGAUGUUUUGCUCCUUGAAUUUGUGCAGGAUGGAGACUUGUUACAUUUAUGCGACUCCAGAGCGACAGCCUGAGCUUCUGAAGCACUUAGAGAGCUACGUUAACAAGGAGCUGCAAACUUUCAGCUCUAAUGAGCCAAAAUCCCAGGAACUCAAACUUCAGAUCUACCGGAAUGUCUUUGGACGCUUCAUCAAAGAGUUCACAGCCUACCAACCACUUUUAUCUGCUAUCAAAAAGGAAUAUGAAAACACAAUAGUGUGUCAGCAGGAUCGAAUCAGAGAACUGGAACCUCUGCAGUCCCAUCUGAGGAUAGUAACAGAGGAAUGUGACAGAAAGAUUCAAGCUCGCUGGGAAGAGGAGCAGACUGAGAUAGGAGCUUUAAAGAGGGAGAAGCAGCAGCUACAGAAGGACCUUAAGGCUACGAGGGAGGAGAAAAAGGACAUGCAAGAAGUGGUGGACCAUCUGCAGGCUGAAGUCGCUCACCAAUAUCUGCAGUACCGAGAGGAGCGUGAUGCCCGCAAGUUGCUGAUCUGGCAGCUCAAUGACCUAACAAGAGGCUCUGUGAAGGAGCAGAAUCCUGCAGAUAGAAGUACAAGUGGAACUGCAGAGAGUGAGGACCCAGUGGAGCUGCAGCUUGCUUUGAAGGUGUGUCGGGGAGACCUCACCAAAACCCAGAAGGAGCUGCUCAAGUUAAAGGCAGAGUACUGGGAUGUGGUGCCACGAUGCAACUGGGACACGCUGACUCAUACACACACUCAGACCCUCCUUCAGUUGAAGACGCUGCAGGGAGACUUUGACCAGCUGAAUAGCGAGUAUGACACUCUGCUGGAUCUCCACGCAACAAGCCACAUGCAGAAUGAGAGACAAGACCCCAUCAGUGCCCUGGAUCCACCUGAGAAAGGUAAUCCUUCAGAAUUCGGGCAAGAAGUCCCUGAUGAACUCGACUCAGAACAGAGCGGACAGCAACUUUGACCCUCAAUUUUAUUCUUUUUACCUGCUCCAAUGCUUCAACAGCUUUCAGAAUCACGUGCAGUGGCCGUGCAUCGUUUUCUAAAGAAUUGAAUGAAAAUGUUGCAUUAAAUUAUACUCCAUGUACAGCUUAUUAAAUACUGAAUAAAUUGUUAACUGGGAAGGAAGGCCAACUUGCCAGCCUAUUAAAUGCAAUGUGAAAAUGGUG